AUGAGGCCUAAAGCCCGAGCCAGGCCGGCCCGGGCCGCCCGGCUUGACCCACAAGCCUGCUUCAGGCGACGCGUCGUUUCUUUGUGCGUCAGGCCGACCGGCCCGCGGGUCAGCAUCUGGCGUUUAUCUCGGCAGUUAUUCUCAGUGACUCUGAAAUGGGGCGCAUAAAGGCCGCCACAACUCGUACUCUGACCUACGCUAUUUCGUCGUUUUCUCGCAGCUAGAUAACGACGAAAUAGUGUGUGUCAAGAAAAAGUUGUGACGGCCUUUAUGCGGGCCGUGUCAGAGGAACUCACUUGGUAACGCGAACGGGACGCGAAUCGGACGUGUCGGGGCAUUUCUAGUGACCACUUUAGUAGCCUCAGAACUCUUAAGAGAUCCCUAGAAUCGCUCAGAAACGUCCGGAGCACGGUCGUUUCGCGUUACCAACUCUGACCCCAGGCGCCAGCUAUCCGCCAGAAAAAGUCAUUUCGCGAGCUCGCGCCCAUCAAAUUUGUGGCGGUUUCCUGGCGAUUCUCUGGCGACGUAACCAAUAGCGCGAAUUUGCUUUUAUUACUGUAUUUUAUAUUGCGAUCUAAAAUUUUGGGACUCGCGUUUUUUGUCUUUUUGUUUUUCUAUUUGAUUUUUUGCUGAUUUCACGAUUUUUCAGUGUUCGUUUCCUGUUUUGUCCAAACUAGGGCAAAAGCGAUGCCGCAAUGCAGUUUUGAUGUAACAAGAAAUUUUUCUUGAUUUCAUUUUUUCUUUUUUUUUGUAAAAAUUCAAAAAGCUGUGUAUAGAAGUAGAAAAACUGUAGGUUGCGUAGGUCGUUCAAAGAAAAGAAACGCGAUUUUUUUGCAGGACAAUUAAAUUUAUAAGAUAGUUUUUACAUCUGGAGUUCUGCAGCAAAGGCACGUAUCCUCCUUCAAACGAAACAAAAGAACAGGCUUUAGUUGAAAAGAAGUUUAAAAAAAGUCAGAAAAAUUAUUAGAAUAUAAACCUUUGUUUUUAUUUGUGUAGAGCUCAGUAAAUGUGAUGCGACGGAGGGUUUCAGGUUUGAAAAACAACAGCUUGAAAGGUUGGUAAAUACGAAAAUUCGAAUUAUUUUCUCGAUUUAGUUUCGUGGAUGAUCAACCGCUCUAA